UGGAUCGCACAGACGUUUUCUAUAUAAAGGAUCGAUCUCUGUGUGGACAGUUUGCGGCCAAUGAGCAGUAGCAGAACUACUACUAUACACACGAACGCGCGUCCAUGUACUCUGUGCUUUUACAGCUGCUGUAAUACAUAUUCAUAUGAACAGAACUGACAACCAAUCAACUUCUACUAUUCUCUGGGUGGGCGGGGCAUGUGACUCAUGAAUAUCCAACAAGGGCGCUCGGUGGGCACGUAGAACAAGGGGUUUGAGUGGUGUUGUUUUUGCACCCAAAAGCGUUAAUAUUGCCAAGCGUGAAAACGGCAGAAGUGGUGAAGCAAGCGAGGAGCCGCGCUUCGUCUGUUUCUCUUGUUUCCCGGUGGAGGAGGCAGCUCUCGGUACCGCUAGGAACAUCGCCUCGGUCUGCUCGGAGCUCGGCAGGGAACAAUGCCUGGCAAAGCCGCGGUGGCAGUGGCGCUUCAGCCCAGUGGUAACGUCGUUACAGUGGCUCCGCAGAAGUCCUUCCCUUUUGUUUUAAAGAAGAUUAUGGACAUUCCCCCUCCUAAUAUCCUGGAAGAAGGCGACGACGAAAUAGAGAAGGAGAAGCUGUGCUCAUCUGAGGAUGUGGAGGGAGGAGGGGCUGGGGCAGCCAGUGUUGGUGGAGGUUCUAGAGGAGGAGUAGGUGGCGGCGGUGGAGGGGUAUCAGCCUCCCUGACCCCAGCCAUUUGGGAGAAGACCAUUCCCUAUGAUGGGGAGACCUUCCACUUGGAGUACAUGGACCUGGAUGAGUUUCUCCUGGAAAACGGGAUCCCUGUGAGCCUGGAGGAGGAAGAGGAGCUGCAGAAGACUCUGACCUCAGUGGAAGGCAAAGGCAAAUCCAUCCCCAAGGCUGCUGCUACAGCUACCACUACUACUACUACUACUCCUGCUGCUGCUGCUGCAGCCUCUGCCUCUGCUUCAGUAUCGCCCCCCUCUGCCUCAGCCACCUCUACAGUCACCUCAGAACCAGAGGAAACGGUGAUGGUCACUACCUUACAACCAGCUAAACCAGAAGAGGAAGAGGAAGAUGAAGAAGAAGAAGAAGAUGAAGGACAAGAAGAGGAAUCUUUGUCUGAGGAGGGAACAGCAGAAGUGACAGUGAAGGAGAAGAAAACAGAUCGCAAUGCUGCAGAACGCAACACACCCUCCCCCAUCGAUCCAGAUGCAAUUGAGGUGGACAUUAAUUUCCAACCGGAUCCCACCGACCUAGUCCUGUCCAGUGUGCCAGGAGGAGAGCUGUUCAACCCACGCAAACACAAGUUCUCUGACGAGGAGCUGAAACCGCAGCCUAUGAUCAAGAAGGCCAAGAAAGUGUUUGUUCCUGAUGAACAGAAGGAUGACAAAUACUGGUCCAGGAGAAAGAAGAACAAUCUGGCAGCGAAGCGUUCUCGUGACGCACGGCGGCUGAAGGAGAACCAGAUCACUGUUCGCGCCUCCUUCCUGGAGCGGGAAAACGCUGCCCUGAGGCAGCAAGUGGCUGAGCUGCGGAAGGACUGUGGCCGCUGCAAGAACAUCCUGGCCCGGUAUGAGGCAAAGUACGGCCCACUGUAAAGAACUCAGAAUAAAACCCAUGAAGUAUCAACGAGACAAAAGCAGAAAUCCCUUCCCCGCAAAAUUCAACACAGACACAACACCAAGGGAAUCUCAAUUUGCACUUUUGUCUUUGCUGACCUCCAGUCACUGUGUCAAGCUCCCGUUGUUGUUUUUAACAUGAUACUGGAGUUUUGGAUACACACUGGCAGGCAGUGAGGCAUGAUGGGAGCAGUGGUCACAGGAAGGCCGGUGGAGAGCGCCUGGCUCCUACACUCAGAGAGGAUAGGGUCGAUUGUGGAUAAUCCCAUGUUCAUACACACAUGGAAAAUAUGGUUUGUCUCAAGACAGUUUUCAGGAGAGUCAGGAAAUAUAAAAAGAGCAGGCUGGUAAAAAAGAAUCACAUGCUUUUAAAUACUACAUGAAUCUGUUUUUAUCACUGCAUAGCACUUCUUCCUAGUGGACCAAAGCAUGAGUAACAUCAUUUAGAAGUUGUGUAUUUAGAAUGGGGCAUACUUGCCAUCCCUCACUUAUCCUUGUGUUGCACUUAUGUUUGUGACAGUACUUUCUUUAAAAUACUCCAGCUGAGGCUCAGAAGAAGGUUGUUUAUUAACUCAUGGCAGGAUAUGAGAGGGACAGAUGAAUACAUUAAUAAAGGAGCAGGGGGUCAUUUACAGUGUUACUUCUGGCCUGAAAAGAAAGGAAUCAAAGACCUCAGGUCGGCAGAGAAGAAAAGGAGGAGAGUUUGAUAGUGGUGUGAUCAGUUACAGUUAAUUCCUUCUUGUAACCCACACGCACACAUCUGCGCACACAAAAAUGCUGUUUAAAAAACUAUUUGUAUAUAUAGUCAUCUCCCUGCACCACAUAAAUAUGUGUGUGUAUCAGUGUGUAAUCAAUUUUUGCACUUUCUUAAAAAAAAACUGUAAAGAUUAUAAUGGUGGCAGGUGUCUACCUUAUUUACCACAGUGGGAGACACAGUAGCUUAUAAGAUAUAAAACAUGGAUGACCUACAGUUCGAAGCUACUGUGACUUGCUUUUCUACUAACCUCAGAUCAGCUUCCAGAGCCUGACACAAUAUUUUAUUAAGGAAGACAGAUUUUGGGUUUCCUUAAAAGAUGGUGGUUUUACAAGUGGAGAAAGAGUAGUAGUUUUUUUCCUGUAGGUUACUUUCUUCUCUCAAAGGCAUAAGUUUGAGAAUCUCCAGGGCCCUAACUUGUGUAGGGGUAUGUUCAUAUAUAGGGAUGUUUAUUUUACUGCACACUGCAAGUAGAGGGCGCUAGAGCCACUACCUUUCUGCUCAUGGUGCAGUGAUGGUUGGAUAGAUUUUUUUCUUUUUAAUAUAGCCAGGCCCAAAGUUGACUGCUUCUAAACAUUGUAAUUAAAUGAUUGUCUCAUGGUCUUUAUUUCCUAAGACAGGAAUUUUGACUGUGUCUUUAUUAACCCAAUACUAUUCCUUAUAUUUGCCAAAUGGUCAAUGAUUGCUGUAUUUAUUCUGAUGGUAAUAAUGCAUCUGUUGAUUGUGAUGUACUACAACAUGUCAGAUAAUUCUAUUUCCUUUGAGAAACAAUACUUAUAACGAAACCAAUGACUAAGCAGGGAAUUCAAUGGGUAAACUGUGCUUUUGGAUGUUUAUUUUAAAAACAGUUUUAUAAUAGUGAUAUGGAUUUUUUUUCUCUAUACAUACAUACAUACAUACAUACAUAUGUACAUACAGUAUGUGUCUGAACAUAGAAAGGACAGGGCACAUUCUUAUUUACCUCAUCCAACACUUCCUAUUUUGAAUGGGUAAAAGCUUGGUAGGGCUACAGAGUGGUGUUGGUUGAAGCAGAGAGCACAUAAAAAGCAGCUUAGUUCCACUUGGCAAAACCUUGAAUCCAAGUUGAGAAAUUGAGUUCUUUUUGCCAAAGUGGCUGGGUCUGUGUCUAAAUUAGUAAAUACAUUACAUACUGUUACGGGACUUUAUAUCUCAAGUCUCUUUGACGGAUGUAGAUUUUGUGAUUGGUCAGCUUGUGCUCAUAAUCACCAUAACCUUGGAAAGAAAAUUAAUGUGGCAAUAAUACUCUGUUAUGUAAUGCUUGUUUUAAUUUUGGUGAUGAUGUUGUAUGUAAAAUUACUAUGAUGUACUAAAUAGAAAUGCCCCAAAGUAAUUUGUGCUUCCAGUUUAGAUCCUCUGUAGUCUAGGAUCCUAAUGCAUGAGACCCAGUAAACUUGUCUUUCUUUCUUGACUAUUUUACACCAAGUGUACUUAUGUCUGUAAACCAUCACUGAAAACUACAUAUUUUUUGGAUGGGAAGGUUGAUGGUCUUUUGAACAGUUCUGUUAAAGGAAAAGCAGAACAUCUUGAUGUCUUGUGUUUAUAACUCGCAUAAUAGCGCCCCCCGUCCUUGUGCAGCCAGUGCUUGACCUUGGGGGAAACAUCAGCUGAAAACAGCAUCUAUUGAUAACUGUUUGGAUUGUUUUUCUAUUUACUUAAAAUUGAUCUAUAUCUAGAUACACUGGAUCAGUUGGUGCUUUUGUGUUUGUCAUGAUAGUUUGUGUUGUUGCUUUUUUUUUUUUUUUUUUUAAAGUUUUCCGAUGUUGUAGUAUAACAGACAUUUCAUAGCAGUGUGUUUUAUUUUGCAUUGACAUUCAAACCUGACAUUGACUACAUUAUGCUGUUUAUACAUUAAUGUAGUUGACAAGUGCAAACUUUUAGUUAUUUUCUAACUAAAUUAAAAUGUUCUGCAUAAGGCUUGACUAAAGGUACUGGCCAAGAGAGCCUUUUAGAAGGCAAUAAAUAAAGAUAUUUUAUAGUACAGCAUACAGUAUGUAGCAAUCUCUUUUUUUUUUUUUUUUCUUUUUUUUUUUGAUGCAAAGCGCCUCAUGAAAGUGGCUUGCAGUUGCGCAUUAACGUUCAGCAGAUUGCAGAUACUCCACUUCCACGUUUACCAACCUACACCAUCAAUAGAGAAGGAAAAUAAUAGCAGCGUUGGUUUAGACCUGCAGAUGUAGAUGUGUAAAAAUAAAUUGCAUUUUUUUCAUUUAUAGCAACUAUUUCUUGUUGUUUGUUUCAGGUUUUUUUAUUCAAUACUUAUUUCACCUCUUAGCUUAAGAAAAAUCAACAUGAUUGUUUCACAGCGUCACAGUGUCAGUCGCAGUAACCUCCAUUCAUGACUUCUGCUUAAUAUUAAGCUUUGUCAGGGAGGUCAUAAUCAUAAAACAGUUUGGAUUCAGAUAUUUCAUUAAUAAAUAAUAUAUCUGGAAAAAAAAUCCUGAAAUCUAGCAAAGGUUUGCGAAUUAAAAAUUUAAAAUAUUCAGUGUCGUACACAAAAAUUGUAUAAAAACUGCAGUUGUAACACUCUGCAUGCAGGUGGCAGGUGUUAAAGUGCUAUUGUUUUUUUUUUUUGUUGUUUCUUUGUCUGUAGAUGGCGCAAAUGAGCAUUGAAGGUCUAAAUUGUUUUUAGUUUGGCUGGCUUCAGGUGCUGCGCAUCAAUGACACAAUGUCCUUUUUUGCUAUUCAAAGUAGCUACAAUUCUCCUGUAAAAAAUACUCAAACAUCUUUAUUGAAUACAUUUUUAAAGUCUGUUUUGUGGUGUUUUACUUUAUUUUCUCUUUUUAUAUAAAAAUGUUUUUGUUGGGUGUUUUUGUAUUGUCCUAACCAUGUAAAGCAUACAUGCAACUGCAGUGCCAUGUCGUAACUGUAUCUUGUAUCAUGUAUAUGAAAUAA